AUGGCCGAAACAGCGGAAGACUUGGAGGAUCUCACUCGCACGGAGAGUGUUGCGUCGAGCGCUGACUCGCCCGAGUCGACCCCGAAACAGGACGAAGCUCAAACCCCAACAGCCAGGGCGAACACUACAAAACCAUCCAAACCGGAAACCAAGCGCAACGCCUUCACCGAACUCAUGGCUCCAAAGCCGAGAGCCCCCAUAUCCCAAGCCCCCCAAUCCCUGGCCAGCAAAGCCUCCCAAGUGAUCCGCGGCGUCUGGCGGGGCGCCCUGAUCGAGUACAUCGAGCACCCGGAGCGCUUCCCAAACCAGGUGCUGCGCGUGACGGCACACACGGUGCUGAUCAAAGACGCCUUCCCCAAAUCAACAAUCCACCUGCUGCUCCUGCCGCGCUCGCCAGCGCACUACCUCCUGCACCCGCACACCGCCUUCGCCGACGCCUCCUUCCUCACCACCAUCCGCGCCGAGGCCGCCGAGGCCGCCCGGCUGGCCGCCGCCGAGCUCGCCCGCCAGCUGGGCUCCUUCUCGGCGAGCAACCGCGCGCGCGACGAGGCCGUGGGCCGCGGCGUGCCGCCCGACCGGCUGCCGCCCGGCCGCGACUACGCGCGCGAGAUCCGCGUCGGCACGCACGCCCACCCGUCCAUGGCCCACCUGCACGUCCACAUCAUCUCGCGCGACAUGCGCUCGGAGCGCGUCAAGCACAGGAAGCAUUACAAUAGCUUCAACACGCCGUUCUUCGUCCCGCUGGCGGAUUAUCCGCUCGCCGAGGACGAUGUGCGGCGCGAGACGGGGUACCAGAAUGCGAAUCUGAGGCGGGAGCUAGUCUGUUGGAGGUGUGGCAGGACGUUUGGAAAUCGGUUUGCGGAGUUGAAAAGGCAUUUGGAGGAGGAGUUCGUCGAGUGGCGGGCGGAGUGA